UGCGUACAGCUCUAACUCCGAGAAGAAGAAAAAUGGAGCAUUUGAUGGAAAUUGACACAGAUGACGACUUUCCUCAGUUCACCUUAGCAGAGAUUCUAGAAAUGGAGAGCAUGUUUAAGAGCAAGGGUGAAAAGACUUUUGAUCAAGAGAUCUGUGAAGAGCUUGCUGCAAAGUUCAGUUCCUCACCCUAUCGGUCUGGAAAAUCUUUGAUAUCUUGGGAACAGGUUAAAACUUGGUUCCACAACAAGAAGCAAGACGGGCUGAUGAAGAAAGAUACUCUAUUAUCUCUCAUUGACAAAACAUGUGUGACUCCUCAUUCUGUAAUAAGACCAAAGAAAACUGUCUCAUCCGUUCGGAAGCUAGCCUCACAAUAUGCAUCUGAAAAAUACGAGAAGCCCAUUGGUGAAAGGGCAGCAGAGCUCUCGGACUUGGCUUUUGAAGCUCUCUCGGCGAAGGACUUAGCUUGGUAUGAUGUUGCUACAUUCCUCAACUAUCGAGUUACUCAUUCGGGUGAACUUGAGGUCCGUGUGAGAUUUGCUGGAUUCAGGAACGACCAAGAUGAGUGGGUGAGCAUUAGAAAGGGAGUUCGUGAGCGUUCGAUCCCCCUAGCUCCAUCAGAAUGUGAGAAAGUGGAGCCUGGUGAUCUUGUACUAUGCUUCAGGGAAAAUGAAGAUUAUGGAUAUGCUUUAUACUGUGACGCACACAUUGUUGAAAUUGAAAGAAAUCCACAUGAUAUCACAGCUUGCACGUGCAUCUUUGUUGUUCGGUAUGACUUUGAUAACUUUGAGGACAAAGUAGAAAGUAACAAGAUAUGCUGCAGACCUGCCAAAUAAGGUAAUUCGCAAGUUAAAGGUUCCCCCACUGGGUACAGGUUUCCUGUGCAUUAACAAGGACUUGAGAGGAUUUAAAACUUGUUUCUUAGUGCCUUUUUAAUGUAUGCGCUUGUUUGGAUGCUGUGAUAUUUAGCGGUAAAUGAAAAUUUUCAUUGUAAAAUCCUCUUUUCCUAGGAGCGCAACAAGCUAGCCAUUGACACUCGCCAAUGAACUUGUGGGACUUUGGUGUAUGGAUUGACCUUGUAUCCCCAAUAAUGUCUGCAGUUGUUUUAGAGGUGUUAGGUCUGGAAAAAAUGGAGUACAUGAACGCAAACACUUGGAGUAACAAUUGUGAUAGCAGUCAUCAGAACUCAGAAGUAAUUUUGAAUGAAUUCGGCGAUGAAGCCUACUUAUAUUGUACUUAUAUUGUGCUAAGCCUGUAAUUUCAGUGCAAUGAAAUUGUCAAGAAUGUAUCCUCUCAACUUAAAUAAUUGUGUAAACUGUUAAAUGGAAACUGGCCGAUGCAACCAUCAUUAGGUAAAA